GGACACCCAGCAUGGCCUGGCGAGUGAGGUCGAAACUCUGCUAUGGUCAAAAAUGGAUUCUCCUUUUCUCCCCCGUCUUCCUCCUUAUCCUCAUCGUCUCUGUCAUGGUGAUCCCCCUGCCUCCGCCUCUGCCAUGUCCUGACGCCAAGUGGCGGCUGUCGCGGGCCCUGAGCUCCAUGAGGGAGUUGGGACUUAGGCCCGGGAUUGCAGACCCCCCUCCAGCCCCCGCCCUCCAGCAGCGUUCCUCGCGGAGGAGCAAGAAUCCAGUGGCACAGAAACAGAGUGUUGCCAGCGAUGACAAUCACAGGAACAAAGCAAAACUCUAUGCAGACAUCCAGAGAAGUAGAUACAGAAACAGAGGCAGUGCUUCCAAGAGGAAAGACCCGACGGACGGCGUCCAGUCAACCAGACGAAGUCAACAACCUCCACUCUCAGAGUUUACAGUCAACAACGCUGAGAUCAGGCAUCGAAUUAGGCCAAGCAGCCGCAGUUCUGUGGGGAAGCGCACUGCAGAGGCAUAUACUUAUCUUGAGAGGAGGCCGACCACAGUAGCACUUAACUCUUCCCGAGCAGAUAGCGCGAUGAGCGUGGGAGACAGACGGGCAGACACGUGGACGUACGAGAGCCCCCGCAGGAAUGCAGACAGGCAAACACAUGACAGCCAUGCGAGCGUGAAGCCACAGCAACAUCGAGCUUCGGAAAAAAAACACAGACAGGCAGCAAAGCACUCUUUGGGGAAAUCUGACAAUGGGGUGAAGGAGCAACUUCCUGUGAAAAGGCCGUCCAGGGAUCACAAAGCAUCCCAUCAUCCUACAGAAGAGGUGAAGACGAUGUCCAGGUCAGAGGACCACAGAGAGGCCUCCUCCGAGCUGGGCGCCGCUGCAAGGGACCAAGGGGACUGGUGUCAGAGCUUCGGAGAGGAGGACUGGUCGGACGGUCAGGGGAGGGUCAGAUCCAGCAGAGAUCUGCAGCCCCUGCCCUGGCUGAGCCAGGAUGACCUGAAGAAGAUGGAGCUCCUCUCCGAGGGCCAGGUUGUUAGUAAAGCCCGGGUACCGGCGCACGGACAGGUUCUCCAAGUGGUGCUAGAUCCUCCCGCUCACCACCAGAAGCCGCCACCCAGGAGCAACUCCCGGCAGCGCAGCGCUGGACGCGGCGGCCCUGCGUCCUCCCACGGCGAGCGUUGCCAGCAGGGCCGCUGCGCGCUGAUCAAGCGGCCCGAAGACUGGUACGAGGUGUUCGCCUUCCACCUGGACCGGGUCCUGGGACUGAACCGAAGUCUCCCCGUGGUUCUGAGGACGUUUCACAGCGACAUCCUGCCCUACCGGUACACCAGCGGCCCCCCGAGACCCGCCGUGUGGUGGGACCCCGACAUCCAGCACGUAGCCGACGCAGACAACGACCAGAACUCGGUGCCGCUCAGCUGGGUCCAGUAUCAGCAGAUGCUCCAGGCCCGGUGUGGCAGGGAGACGGAUCUGCUCUCACAGCCCUGCAGGGGAAUCCAGCACUCAGAGUGGGGGAGACUCGCGCUGCUUGACUUCUUAUUACAAGUAAACGACCGCCUGGACAGGUGCUGCUGUGGGUUUACACCUGACCCUGCAGACCUGUGUGUGGAGAAUCUGCUGCACGCCAAGUGUGGCAACAGCAAGGAUCUCCUACUCGUUCACAUCCUGGUGAGGAGGGCCGACCCCUCCAGACUGGUGUUCAUAGACAACGCGGGCCGACCCCAGCAGACUCCAGACAACCUGAACUUCAGGCUGGUGCAGGGCAUCCACCAGUUUCCAGAGAAAGCUGUGUCUGUGCUUCGCUCCGGCUGCCUGGAAAGUCUUCUGCUGCGCUCCCUGCACACGGACCGGGAGUUCUGGGACAGCCGUGGGGGGGCGGCCGGGCUCAGGCCCCUCAUCCACGUGGUGGAGCAGAGGGGGAGCAUCCUGCUCCAACACAUCACAGACCGGAACCUGGGGCUCAAAAGGGACCCGUGACUCCGCUUGGCAGGCCAAACUGGAGCUCAGAAUAAAUGUUGCAGCUUGAUAAGACGACAUUUCCUCGGCACCUCAGAGCAAUCAAAGAUGGAACGCUCUGGAGAAAAACGGCCUCCCAAAGUCAUCAAGCUUGCAGACAUGAAAUGAUGCUGGAAUAUUGCAUCUAACUGCAGUGACAGAGUCUUUAUAUGUGCAAUCAAAUGGUGUCAAAUGUGAUUUAUCUUUUACAUAGAGAAAAUGUGCACACACACAUAUAUAUAGUUAUACCAAGGUCUGUGUGAAUACUGGAUUCUGAUUGGCUGGCAGGUGUAGGUUAAAAGUGAUAAUCUACACCUAGAAAACAAGUUUGGUCAAAUUGCCUGAUAACUUUAAUAUCAUUGCGCCGGAUCAACUGCCAGGUGGUAACCACGGCAACAGAGAUUCAGAGGACGGCGCAGGACGGCGACAUGAGUGAUUUUGUCAUUUAUUAUAAUUUAUUUGGUGAAUUUAAUUGCAUAAGGACCUUGAAACUAUUUUCAGAGUUAUGGCUUGUCAAAAAACUUGUAACUUACCAGGUUCCAACGGCUGCAGACGAGAGAUUAAAUAGUCAGCUCAGCCGCUCAGCUGUGGCUUGUUAUAAAACUAAUGAUUUACACUGAAAACACAUUAAAGCAUGAAUAACUGAUUUAAUAUUUAUGUUUUUUGGUAAGUGACCGUGGUAUAAACAGGAUAAUGCCUUCCAGGUGAACAUUAACAUAAAUAUAUGGACUUGGCCCCCGCGUCGUCCAUAUAUUUAUGUUAAUGGCCACCUCGUCGGGCAUUAUCCCUUACUUAUAUACAGGAUAUAUGUAAAGUGUAUAUCACUGCCAUCGGAAUAAAUCAUCACAAAUGUUCAAGCAAUUGUACAAAAGCACAAUGUAAACAGCUUUCUGCAAUGCAGAGUCAUCCAGACAUGAGAUGGUUAAUGUAAAAGCUUUCUGAGGUAAUUACUGAGCUUUGCAGAUCAAUGAGCUUAAGCUUAACUCUACACUCACAUUUGCUAAACCAACGGGCAACGAACAGACAGGAUCUUAACCAAAAGGAGGACGUAAUCAAUCAACCUGAUCAGGUUGUAAUCAAUCAGCUGCUGCAGGAGGAAGCUGAUGUUCUUCAUAGCACAUGGUCAUCGUUUGUCAUUGAGUAUGUUUUGGGCUGUUUUGCAUAUCCUGCAGAGCUUUGGGGCUGGUAGAUAGCAGCCCUGUUUGUGCAGUUUAGACCCUUCACCAGUCUGUGUGCUCUAUUUCCUCUGUUUACAUAGACUUUCAGUUGAUAUAUGGCUUAAACUAAUAAACUGUGGGCGCGCUGGGAUAGUACUGAUGAAAAAAUUAAAUGAUGUAGCGUUUAAAUGAUGCGAGGUGGCCGCCGAGCCGCUCUCCAGCCCGUGGCCUGAAAAGCAAACGCUUUAAAAGCCUUUACAUUAACGGGCCGUAAUUGAAGAUGUCAUUAGUAAAUCUGAGUAGUUAUAAUUUCCUUUCAGCUGGUCAGAGGUCUACUGAUUAAAUAUAGUUUAUAAGUAGAUGACGUACAAAUGAGUUAAAACUGUAAACCCUUUAAAAACUCUUUCAUUACCAGGACAUAUACAGGGGAUAUUUUUUGAAAGAGAGGGAGCUACAACCUCAGGGCUCAGUUUAAUUUAAAAGUUCUCAACAGACACACAAACACUGAAGAGUUUAUGUAUGUCGACCUGCGGAGUGAAAUUGUGGAACAGCCUGAACAUGGAGAUAAAGAAAGUUUAAAAAAAGAUACAAAGAAACAUUCUAUUCAAAAUACAGAUGUGAAUAAACAUGUAGAUAUGUACAUUUAUUAAUAUAUGUAGAUAUAUAGAUUUAUAUUAUGGAUAUAAAUAUGUUAUA